AUGGCCGACCAAGUCAAAACGGAGAAAAUGGGUGAAUCCGAGACCAAAGUCGAUCUGGGGGAGAGCGCGGUUUAUGUUGACACAGAGGCGGAAAAGAGGUAUUGUAAGAAAGUCGAUUUCUGGGUGUUGCCCCUGCUUUGCAUGAUGUAUUUCUUUGACUGCAUGGAUCGAAGCAAUCUAGCAAAUGCCAAAACAGACGGGCUCGACGAGGAUCUGCAUUUUCAAGGAAAUGACUAUUCACUUCUCAUUUUGCUUUUCUAUAUUCCCUUUGGUUUAUUUGAUCUACCAUGGAAUCUCCUGAUCAAACGCUAUUCUGGCCGAAUGAUGCUCUCGUCAAUGUCAAUUGUCUGGGGAAUCCUGGCUCUCUGCCAAUGCGCAGCCAAGGAUUUUGGAUCCCUUCUCUCGAUUCGGAUAAUUCUCGGAGUCUUUGAAGCCGGAUUCUUCGCAGGCGCCACAUUCUACAUGACCAUAUUUUAUACCCGUGGAGAGAUGGGAUUCCGGCUGGCAAUUAUGCAAUCCUUUGCUGUGUUAGCCUCUGCCUUCAGUGGACUCAUCUCGUUUGGAGUAUUUCAGAUCAACGACUCCUCAGUGAAGGGGUGGCAGUGGUUGUUUAUAAUCGAAGGCAGCAUGACCUUGAUUGCUGGCAUUCUGGGCUUCUUUCUGCUGCCGGAUACCCCCCAGAAAGCCUGGUUCUUGGAUGACCGAGAGAGGAAAGCAGCCACCGCUCGAAUGCUUCGUGAUUCAUCUUCGGAGGUCUCUACGAGUUUCAGCUGGAAAGCCUGUCGUCAGACGUGGAGUAACUGGCAAUUCCCCGUGUGGUGUGUCAUUACGUUUACCUAUCCUGUUGCCUAUGCGACUGCAAUGAACUUUUUCCCUUUGAUCGUUGAGCGUCUGGGCUUCUCCACUGUCAAGACCAACCUGUGGACAGUAGCACCUAACCUUGUCGGUGCAGUGGUGUUACUGUGUGUUGCAAAAUCAUCUGAUUACUUUCGCGAAAGAACCUUUCAUAUCGUGUUCUCCUUGACCAUUUCCCUAAUCGGAAUGGUAAUCUUGUCUGCCAUCGACGUUCUGAACAAUAAGGGAGUAGCCUAUUUUGCCUGCUUUAUGAUGGCUGCGGGCGCUUAUAUCCCAUCGUGCCUUGUGCAUGCUUGGCAUAAUAACAACAAUGUCAACGAGAAUUCUCGAGCAGCCAAUACAGGUUUCUUCGUUGGUUUAGGCAACAUAGCGGGGGUUCUGAGUGCAUCCACAUUUCGGACUGAAUAUGCGCCCAAGUAA